AUGAACCAUGGCGCGCAUGGACAGUGGCUCCGUGGACAGCGCCCAGAAGAUGACCACUUGUUGCCCAGUCGAGUGGUGCGCGCCGCCCAACUUAGACCGUCCAAGAGGAACUGCUUCGCUUGUUUGGGCGUGGCUUUAGUGGCUGCCAUCUGUUUGACGUGCUUGCGAAGCCUUCACCGAGAGGCGCUGACGGGCAGCGUGGCGAGAGUACGAGCGGUGGAGGAGCUCUACUCCUUUGGCACGCCAGGGGCCACGAAGACCCUCUUGAGCGACAUGUCUCGACACGACGGCUGUUUUGGUGGCCUGCGUGUGUACAUGAGGAGUGCUCGGCGCGGAUGGGGUGUGGAUACUCCCGUUUACGAUCCUGUGGCAUGGAUCACGGAGCAGUUCAGCUAUCGACAUGCCAGGAUGCGCUCCUUGGAGCUUUGGGAGCUCAACCUGAUGGAAGAUGAAAUUUCGCCGUGCCGUGCUUCGACGGAGGAUCCUCCCGCUGACACCUUCUGGUGGAUUGAAGGGCAUGUCUCAUAUGAAGCGGCCUUGAAGCACCACCUGCAAGCCAGACAUGAGGAGCCGGGAGUCGACCGGGGCUUCAUCCCGAUUCCAGGUGCACCGGUUUCCCAAGCCCCGCUGGCUGAACUGAAGGACUUGCAGAAGGCCUAUUUGAUGUGCCACUUCACCUUUGUCAUUUACGUUCCCGACGUGCCAACGAUUGACGUGGAUGCUGAGCGCUGGGGCUGGAACUUGGUCGGCUACGCGGAAUCGCUGCCCACCGCACGCCAUGAGGCAUCUGUGGUGAGCUUCCAUGACCAUGCAGCACUCUUCCAGCAUCCGAGGAGCUUGGAAUGCGUCCUUGCUUUCGAGGGCAGUGAUCGCAACGAUGCGAGCGAUUGGGUCUACGAUGUGGAGAUCGCCACAGAGGACUUCUGCGGAUACCAUGAGGUUCAUCGCGGCUUCAAGGAGAAGCUGAUGGCCAUGUUGGAAAGCGAUGACUAUGACCGCGCGAUCCGGGCCAAGCUGCCCUUUUGCUCCCAGUUGGUGACAGCGGGACACUCCAUGGGUGGCGCUCAAGCCGAACUCUUCAGCGCAUGUGCCAACCGUGGACCUCCGAGUGGUGAGCAGGCUGCUCGAGAUCGAGCGCUGGUGAUGGUCCCGUGGGCGACGCCCAAACCAUUGACACCGUUCCUCGCGGAAGAGGUACCUGGCAUUUUCCUGAAGAAUCGUUUCAGUGGCCUUUGCGUGGAUGGUGUUGGUGCUGUCCAGAGCUCGGAGGCCAGCACGGUCCAGGCCAGCCUUUGCCAUGACCAGCGGCAACUACGGCAGCGUUGGCGUAUUGAGGAUGGCCGUGUGAUUAGUGAGCUGAGUAGCCUAUGCAUGACGGUCAAGGAUGCUUUCCACGAAGCCUUUGUCAUACAAGAAGCCUGCCGAUCCUCCGACGGCCGUGCUACAGAGAACCAGACCUGGCAUCUCACGGUAGAGGGCUUCUUGAAGAGCAGGUCCCACGACAAGUGCUUGAACCCGGACCUCAAAUUGACCAGGUGUCCCCACAGCGAUCAGAUUUGGGACCUCAGUGCCGAUGGGCAUUUGGUGAACCGCCUAUCAGGUCUUUGCUUGGACGUUGCUGGCGCUGCUUCUGUGGAAGGGACUGGCUUCCUUUUGCAGGACUGCAAAGAGGGCCAUGAAGGCUUAGCUUCGCAGCAGCGGUGGCAGGUGAAGGAGAAGCUGGUGCGCAGCCUUGGCAGUACCAGCUGCAACCCGGCCCGCACCAGCGAGACAGGUAGCUUGGGUUUGGUCAUCGCCCGCUGCAACGAGACGAACCAGGAGCAACAGUGGAGCUUACUUCCAUCGGGUUUCCUUCAGCAUCGGAAGACUCGCAUGUGUGUCAACGUGGAUGGUACCCCUGGCGAGGGCGUGGGAAGCUCUAUCAACCUGGCACCCUGUGAGAUGGAGGAGGUGGAAGCUCCAGGUCUUUGGACACUCACCCCUCAAGGCUUUCUGCUGAACAUCGGCAGCGACUGGCUUCAGAUCAACAAGUGCAUGAGCGCAAACCUCCCCAGCGGCGGAGACACGACGCUCAGCUUGGAGAUCUGUGAGUUCCGCAGCGCGCAGACGUGGGAGUUCAGCGAGUCAGGGCUCCGGAGCACCGUGGGCAGUCGCACUUGCAUCACUGCGGGCGAAGUGCUUCACCUCAGCCAGUGUGUCCAGUCCAAGGAGCAACAAUGGAUCUUCGAUGGGCCACAGAUCAAAAGUUCCACAGGUCAAUGCUUGACUGCCAAAGGCCCAGAGCUGAGCCUUUCUUCUUGUACCUCCAGCUCCUUUCAGCAGUGGCAGCAGGAAGACUUGAAGAAAAAGUGUCCGCAGCGGAGUGGAGGACGAGCUGUUGGAUUGGGACAUUCCCAGGUGGUGCCCAGCAGGACAUGA